AUGUCCACCUCCCCAGUGUUUUCACAGGUGUCGAACCUCUCGUGUGGCGCGCCCUCUUGGCUCUUCACGUCGUGCCGGCACCUCCAGUCGCUCCCGGGCACCUCGGAGAGUUCGCGAAGAACUCUGCGCGGAGUCGAGAUGUUCGCCUGCUGCUGUGUGGAUGAGAAGCCGGAGGCCUUCGCGGAGCUCCAAACGGACACCGCCUUCCCCGCGAGGGGCGGCAAGGAGGUGGGCGACUCCAUGUUCGAAGUGAACAUUGAGCGGAAGCCAGGAACCUACUUCGGGGUCGAUCUCUCCAGUGCUGAGAAGGCCUGUGUGGUCACGACGGUGACGGAUGACGGCCUCAUUGCCGACUGGAACAAGACGGCCGCAGUGGAGCAGCAGGUGCGGAAGUUUGAUCGCUUGGUGGCGGUCAACGGCCACACCAGCGAGAAGAGCAAGGAAGUCUUGGACUUGCUGAAGUCGACGCACGAUCACAUGGUCCUCACCUUCCAACGUGCAAGGGUCAACGAGGUGAAGCUGCGGCGCAAUGGGAAGAGCUUGGGGGUUCAUCUCAAAGAUGGACCACAUUUCCUCCUAGUCUUGGGAGUGGAAGAUGGUGUCGUCAAGGACUACAACACCUCUGCUGCCAUCCAGCAGCAGAUCCUCUCCUCUGACCGCAUUAUCGGGGUGGAUGGCUUUGAAGGUUCUGGGGCUGUCUUGAUGGACAAGGUCAGGAAUGCAGAGCACGAGUUGACUGUGAAGGUCCUGGCCUGGAGGUAA